UCAUAAUGGAUACACAGAGACUAGUGACAACUAAAAGAAAAUUUAAAUCCACACAAUUAUUUUUAGUGGCUGGAACAAUUUUAAUUUCUCUAUUAGUUUCCGUUUUAUGUAUUGGUCUAACUGUGCGUUACGAGGUAGAUACCGAGACUGCUGAUGUGGAGAGUGUGCCCUAUUGGAAAUUAAAAUUACCUCCACAACAAGAAGUCUGGUAUGAAAAGGGUAUUGAAGAGUUAAAAUCUGUUAUUGUUAAAAAAGAACAACGGGGAGAAGUAGAAAAUGUAAUAAUUUUUAUAGCUGAAGGUGUUAAUAGCGAUAUGUUAUCGCGUGCCAGAUUUAUGAAAGAAGACAAUAACAGUGAAAUUAAUCAUUUUAUAUGGGAUUCAUUUCCUCAUUUGGGUAUAUUGAAAAGCAGCUGUAGUUUUGAACCGACAUGCGAUGCUUUUUCCUUGGCCACUGCAUUAUUUGGCGGUGUUCGUACUCUCAACGGUUUAGGGGGAGUGGAUAAACGUGUUAAUCCCCGUAAUUGUCAGCAAGCAUCAAAUGAUUCAUUUCAUAUUAGCAGUAUAUUGAAACAAGCCAAAGCUUUAAAUUUACGCACUGGGUUUGUAACCACACGCCGCGUAACUGGACCUUUAGUAGCCGCUCUAUAUGCUCACACUAGUGAUACCAACUGGGAAUGUGAUGGCUAUAUACCAGAUAACCUAAAGAUAAAUUGUCAAGAUGUAGCCUUACAAUUGAUAAAAUCUAAAGAAGGGCGAAAUAUUAAUGUUGUAAUGGGUGGCGGUCGCCAAACUUUAAUAUCCAAGGUUCCAGUUUCUAAUCGCAGUAUUAUUGAUGAAUCUGUUUGCGAUUCUAUGGAUAAACGUAAUUUGUUAAAGGAUUGGCAAUCUCAUAAAAUAUCGGAAAAUGUUAGCUUUAAAUUAGUGCAGACACCUAGAGGUUUGUCUAGACUUAAGGGUUCAGUUAUGGAUUAUGUUUUAGGUGUAUUUGCUAAUGGUGAUAUAACCGAUAAAGGACCAAAUUUAACAAAUAUGGUUAUAAAAUCGUUGGAUGUUUUAAAGCGCAAUGAUGUUGGUUAUUUAUUUGUGGCCGAAACGGUAGUAAAAAGUGAUGAAGUGAAAGAUUUUCGAAGAGUACUUUGGGAUUUGGAUGAGACAAUUAAGGAAACCUUCAAAUAUCCAGGUUUCACCUCAAACAACACCGUAGUACUUACUGUUUUUCUGGAUUUAAAUCAUACCGCUGAAGCUCCCAAUGACAUUUUUCUCUAUGCCAUUGGCCCUCAAUCGUAUCUCUUUCAUGGUGUUCACGAAGAAACCUAUAUGGCUCAUGUUAUUUCCUAUUACCUGAAAAUGGGCAUCUUUCGUAUGCAGACAAAAUCAAAGAAUUAACGAUAAGUUUAACAGAAUGUAAUUUAUUUAAAUUUAAAUGUAAAUUUGAUUUUAAUAUUUGUCUAACAAUAAUAUUUUUUAAUAAAUAAUUCUUAA